CGAGCAUUGCUACCAUAGUGCGCGCAGUAGCUGUUCCAGGACUGCUCAGUCAGGAAAACUUUCUUCGUACGUCUCACACAGCUACCCCAGAGAAAGAUGGACUUGGACAUGUACUGACCUGCCCAAGGCGACACAGCAUAUCUAGCCAUCUGGAGCAAUAUCGAGCCGGGUAUCGGCAUAGCGGCAGCUUGUGCGCCGGCUUUGUCACCGCUGGUUCGACACAUUCUGGGGAAGAGGCAGCGGCGGGGAUACGAAAGGGGUAUCUGGCGAACACGAGAGCUCCCAACAAUCACAAACGACAGCAUAAUGGCGCUACCAGAAAGAACAGAAAGAAGGCGGCACGACUUUCGAAACUCGUCCAAAAAUGACGUACUACGCUUGCGAUUUGACGACUUUUCAUACGAAUCCCGGAUCACCUCCGGUCCACAGGUACAUCAGAUGCGGCCAGUGCCGCCGCCACCACCGAGUCGAGUGUCGUGGGCCUUUCCGCUACGGCGCGGGUCGGCGGUCGGCGGCGGUGGCUUAGAGUGUAUCACUGCUGAUACCACGCUCACCACAUCGACGAUAUCAUCAGACGGCGAAGCGGCCGAACCGCCAUCCUCGGGGAUCAUGAAGACGAUGGAAUUCCAGCUGUCAUAUGAAGCGAGGACGUGGACAACGUCGCGGCAGGGAAGGAUGAUUCCGCGGGACGAGAGUAUGACGCUGCGGCCUUCGACGAUUGCGGAGAUGAGGAGGGUGACGAGCGGCGAGGUGCCGCUUCUUCGGGAGGGGUUGUCACCGACUUCACCCGAGUAUGACAUUGAAGCUGGACUUAGGGGGACGUGUAAGAGGCACUCCUCACCACCUGCGUCACCGUGGGAGUGGGUGGUGAAUCGUCAGGCGAAGCCUCUUUCCAUGAAUGGGGGUAAGUUCGCUGGUGACGUGACUCACAUGACUACGGCGGAAAAACGCCUAUCGACAAAAUCAUAGUGAGAGGAAAGUCGUGGCUUGGAUGUCUGAUUGCACAAUUCAACGUACAUAAUAUUGUAAUAUGAAUGUUCUUAUCCAUCUACUCUGAUGAGCCUCU